AAACUUUUUCUCAACACACCGCAUACGCACAGCCAGACAGCCACACCACAAAAUGUCUGCUUCACCGCCCCCAGAGGAACGCGAAAAGGCCGACGCCGAUGCCCGCGCAAAGGAGCAGGCUGAGCAGGCCGCUUUGCCGUACAAGUGGGACCAGACCAUCAAGGACCUUGACAUCACCAUCACCAUUGACGCCAAGUACAAAGGCAAGGACCUCGACAUCAACAUCGGUCGCAACUCAAUCAAGGCUGGCAUCAAGGGCGAGACACCCAUCCUGCACGGCGACUUUCCCCACCCCAUCCGCGUUGACGAUUCCACCUGGACACUCGCCUCAACCGGCUCCGCAAAAGAAAUCUCAAUUCAUCUCGACAAAGUCAACCAGCUCGAGUGGUGGCCCCAUGUUGUCACCACUGCCCCCAAGAUCGACACUUCCAAGAUCCAGCCUGAGAACAGCAAGCUGGGCGACCUCGACGGAGAGACGCGGGGCAUGGUCGAGAAGAUGAUGUACGACCAGAGGCAAAAGGAACAAGGCAAGCCCACCAGCGACGAACAGAAAAAGGCCGACAUCUUGAAAAAGUUCCAGGAGCAGCAUCCCGAGAUGGACUUCUCAAAUGCCAAAAUCGGCUGAUGAGAUACAUAAUGAUGGGCACUCAGCCACGUGACGAAGAAUACGCUCAUGGACGUGAUAAAGAUGAGCCAGCGGAGGGACCACAAGGCCACACCGGGUCGUACGCGUAGAAGGCAUUUAGCGAUCGGCGAUGUCCGGGUUUCCGGCAAGGACGUGCUGACACGAACAGACUAAAAUGCACUAUACGAAAUUGGACAUCUGUAAACACGGUUUCAUUAAGCAUCCAAUCCUAGUCGAUUAUGUGAGAUAGAAUUCAAAUUCUAGGAUGAUUACGAAAAAGGGACUGUUUGAGAUUGCGUUCUCAAUGCAAUACUAUUGGCUCUUGGUCAAGCAUGCAAUGCUGGAAAGCGCAAACAAUAAAACGCCAUGCGCCAAAC